AUGGCAAAAGGAUCAUCGAGUGAUAAACCAAAAGAAAAAACAAAAGACAAAGCUAAACGUCGACAAUCGGUUAUUUUUACUUCCAGGCAUGCCGAAGAUAUGAUAGUGACGCCGUUCGCACAGAUUCUCGCCUCAUUACGUAGUGUCAGGAAUAACUAUAUCAACUUGACGAAUGUUACCGGUAGUAAGGAAAGCACUUUCUUACAAGAACCUCCAAGUAAAAGCAGAACGUCCAGACGUGGGUCAGGUCAACAUGCCGGAAGUCACAAUUUACAGUCACAAUCCUCAACACAACCUCCGUCUCCUUCGAGAGGGGGCAGCGGAACGACGUCACAAAAUAUGCAAAAUCUUUCGCCUGGUGGCAACAAAACUACUGAUGAGAUUAACUAUAAUAAACUGGCCAUGGAAACGUUGGAAGAACUGGACUGGUGCCUGGAUCAGCUAGAAACUAUUCAAACACAUCGGUCUGUUAGUGAUAUGGCAUCCAGCAAGUUUAAACGAAUGUUGAAUCGUGAAUUGAGUCAUUUUGCUGAAUCAAGUAAAUCUGGAAACCAGAUAGCUGAAUAUAUUUGCAGUACAUAUUUAGAAUAG